UUUUUUUUCUGUUGUACUAUUCAUAUAAACCUAGAAAAAAAUGCUGUGUUCUUUUGCAAAAAUGGAAAUUAUUUAAGAUGGGUGGGAUCAUAAACUGUCCUCCAGUGGUAGGUGACUUCAGGAAUUUUAAUUGCUCUUAAUUGCUCAAGACUUCCUCCCGACCAGAAAGUUCCCCCAGAGCAGAGAGGUCUGAGCAUAUGUACUACAGACAGGACAAAAAGGUAGGUGCUUCUCGUAUUUUCUCAUGGAUAUUUCUUUUUAAGUCCUUAUUAUUAAAAGCUUGUCUUUUAUUUUCAGUGUUAUGGGGACACUGUCACUGUAGACAUCCUACAAAAAUACUUGCUGCCCUCAAGCUUGUCCAGCACAUGAUGAGUAGACUAAUUACAGUGAAUGUUAAUGGGGGUCAUUUCGCUGUCUCCACCACUUCCCCUGACAAAGAACAAGUGCUCUGCACAAUGUGCCACACACUGACUAUACUUCAUUUCAAAUCACAGUUUUAGUACAAUGGAAGUAAAGGUGACAGUGGACGGUAUCCCACGCGUGGUUUGUGGUGUUACAGAAGAAACAACAUGCCAAGACGUGGUCAUAGCGUUGGCUCAAGCCCUUGGUCAACCAGGGCGCUACACGCUACAGGAGAAAUUCAAAGACUUUGAGAGGCGCAUGGCGCCCAAUGAACGCCUCCUGGAGACUCUUCAGAAGUAUGGUGAGCAGGCCAGGGAGGUCCGAAUCACACUGCUCCACAACGGACCUUCAGUCUGGGACAAAAUGAGCAGAACAAAAGUUGGCAGAUACCAGCCCUGCCCACCGCUGAGAAGAAAAGAUGCAGGCACGAGAAUGCGACGGGGCAGCGGUUCACUAAGUCUGCAUCGUCAAAGCUUGCCGCCACUGUCCUGUUUAAGACCAGAGGCUGAGCAGCAAAAGGAGGAACUGAAAAGGCCUAAAAGAAAGUCUCUGACGCUCAUGGAGGAGGCCUGGGAAUGGUUGGAGAGUCUGGGCAAAGGAAAGGUCUACAGCAUCGCUGGCGAUAAGGAAAGCAGUAAGAGGACAGAUAAAAGGUAUCACACCUCUUUGGGCCUUUCUCUCACUGUUGAUGAAGGUAACUCUGGUCGAAGUAGUAGAGGCAAAGUCAGAGGUCAGAAAAGUUUAAUGUCAGACUUGGAUCAUCAAACAUCCUGUUGCAUGGGAAGUCAGACGAAGGGUAAAGAAAGCAAACGCCACCAGAAAACUCAGGAGGGAGAGUCUGAUGACCUGCCCAGUCCAAAGUGUGGUACAACCGAGGACAAGAAAAACCGUCUAAGAAAAACCAUCAUAUACCAGCUCAGCUGUUUGCAGGAUUUACAGAUCCAAAUAGCAGAGAUAGACAAACAAAUUCUGGAGCUUGAGGAAAAACAGAGGGUCAAAAAAACUGAGCAGGAAGCCCAGCAGAGAAUGGUUGAAGAGGAAAUGGAACAGAUCAAGUUCUGGGAGAACGAAUUAAAGGCUGAAGAAGGUUACGAGAAAGACUUGCAAUGCCAGUUCCUUGAGAUGAAGGCAAAUGCUGUGGGGUGCAGAGGCAAACUGGAGGAGUACAAGCGCAAAAUACAGGGGCUUGACUUCUUUGCCACUCAAAACAUAGACAAUGCCGAGAUGUUUUUAAAAGACAGUGCAAAUGCUGCCGCAGAGAUUUCAACAGUUUCAACCGAGGACCUAAAUCAGCAACAAUCUGAUCCAGAUGGGGAUGUAAAUAUUAACAGGAAGUUCCUGCCCAGAGAGGACUUCAACCCUUCUCAUGCUCUAGUUCCUCCCAACCAGAUAAAGGAGCGACGGCCCACAGGGCCCACCGAGCUGAGAGAGUGGUGGGCACGCUGGGCACAAGCCCAAAGAAGCCCCCAAUCACAGACUAAAAAGAAGGUGAUUCACCGCUCCGAGCUCACUAUAUAUCUGGGCAGUACCAAGGUUUAGAAUCAAAUUAACAAAAGUCAAAGAUUUCAAAAGUCAGUAAACAUUAUGAAUGCUUGAUUGUGCUCCACUUUUGGUAAUUUCAUUCCUUCAAAUGCAAGAUGCGAAUCCUUCUGAUUUUUUACUUGUACUGAAUGAUUGUAUAGAGUACUGAACUGUUUGUAUGUGUACAAGUACAACAGCACACUCAGUUCCAUAACAGUCUUGUUUUUUUGUUUUUUUGUUUUUUUUUAACUUAAGUGAGCUCCCUAUUGGUCAACCAGAAUUUGUGCUAAAAGUGAGCCUCUUUUCUUUUUUUUUCUUUGAAAGGGAACAUUGGGAUGAUUCUGAAUGUCCUUUAUGAAUAAUCGUUUCCAUAACCAAACAAAAAAGCAGAAAACCCUUUUUAAAAUAUUUUUUGGGCAUGUGCAUUUUUACAUUGGACAGUUUAAGAGUGAAAGGGGGAGAGAGAAGGAAUGAUAUGCAGCAGAAGGGCCACAGGUUGAAACCAAA